AUGGCCAUCAACCGCCGUAUACUCGCCUUCCUGGGCUCUGUGCACGUUAAGAAACUCACCGAGUUCCGCUACGUUGAUGUGCUGUCUAUCUCGGAGGGCAUCCCUACUGUCCAGACGGUUGGCCCAGAAGACUACGUCCCUAGGGAGACUGUGGACGUACCGUCCAACGUGAUCGAGUUCCGUACUGUAUCGGAAUUGGUGCGACGUUUAUGGCCAGGUUCCUAUGUAGCUCACCCAGUGGCAUACAUUCGCACAACGGGAGAAGGCGUUGACUUAGGGGCCUAUGGCAUUGUGUCAGGUUAUACCUCGUCUGACCCAACAGCUACGCUCCAUAUAGUACGCUCGAAUGGUCCUGUCCAACCACCUCUGACUGGUCCCUACUCCGCAAUUAAAGUGGAUCCACUGAAUUACGCCCUACAGGCAGGAGGAGGCGUCAACGCAACAUCCGGCGGUCCUCUUGAGCUACUGCACCAGCAGAAUGAAACUGUAGCAGCCUGCAACAAGAAGAAGUCGGGGAUUCCAGCCGAAAUAUUGUCUUCAAUGGCUUUGCUCUCGAUGGUGAUGUUGUCGUACCACUGGUAA